UUUCUAGUAAUCUUGGUUUCACCGAUCACCGGUGAUCACACGAACAAACAAAAUUUUGAACACCGGUGAUGGUGACUCCAAUGGCACAUUCAACGUGUUAAAUAAAAUUAAUAAUUUACAAAAUGUCAGAAAAUUAUUGAAAAUUAUAUACCGUGGUUAUAUUUAUAAAAAUGUUCGAUCAAGCGAUUGUAUCUUAUUUUUUUUUACCAAUAUUUCAUAUGACGUUUAGCGGAACACCAUGACUGCGCUCGAUCUCUGACAAUAUUCAACGAAACGGCUAUUUAUUAUGUAAUAUUUAUUAUUAAUAUUAUUAUUAUUAUUAUUAUUAUUAUUAUUAUUAUUAUUAUUAGUAUUAUUAUGGUAUCUAUCAGAUGAGCGUUCGAAACGCUUAUUGCUGUGUCAACGGAGGAAAUUGUCAAGCCAAUGUCGCGAAUCCUUGCCUACGUCCUUCCUGGUAUCAAAAAUUUAUAAAACCGCUUGCUUAUUUUAUCAUAACCUCGCUAUUAGGUACGUAAACGACUUAUUAAACGGCACUUUUUCAAAACUUUUCAUAGAAUUUCUUUAUUUUUUAACUUUUUCGUAAAUUAGCUAUGUCGGUGUCUCAUCUUUGUGAUAAAUAUUCCGCAAGUUCGUCUUUGAAAGUCAUCAAAUCUGACUUGGGAAACUUACGAAGACAUUUAAAUACACUUUCGGUAGAACAUUAACAAUAAUCUUGAUGACAAUUUUAAUAACAUUUAAUUCUAAGUAAAAUAUUUAUUAUCUUUUUUGUUUAUUUUAAUGAGAUGGAAGUAAAAAAUGUCUUAGAGACUCGCGACAAUUUACAAAGCAGGCUUAAAGAAGUUGGAUUCGCUAUACCAAAGAUAUCGGAGGCCAUUCUUAAAUUGAGAGACGAGGUGUCCGAGGGUAAGAAAGGAAUCGGCAUACAUACGCAAAAUAUGUUAAAAGCUUUUUCACCAGAAAGUGUGAGAAAAAUGGUUCAAAGCGAAUUACAAACGUACGACGCUGAUAAAACAGGAAUGACGGAUUAUGCUCUGGAAACUUUAGGUGGUUCUAUACUUUCCAUAAGAGAUACCAAAACCUAUACGGUGGGUUCUCCAGUUUUGACACUUUUUGGUAUUCCCAUUUGUACUCCACAUAAUACCCCAAGAGCUGUGAUACAGAUAGGUGUCCUUCCAGGAGAAUGUUGGGCUUUCAAGGGUUCCAGUGGGACCGUUGUUAUACAACUACUAGGACCAGUGUACAUAUCCGGUGUUAGCCUCGAGCACAUUUCUCCUUCUAUAUCACCAACCGGCGAGACAACUACUGCUCCUAAAGAAUUUUCUGUUUGGGGCUUGGAAUGCUUAGAAGAUACGAAUAGUUUCUUAUUUGGCGAAUUUACCUAUGACAAUACCGGUCAUUCCAUACAGUAUUUUGAAGUCCAAAAUAAAGCAAAGAAAGCAUACGAGAUCGUAGAAGUGAAGAUACAUUCGAAUAAUGGCAAUCGCGACUACACCUGCGUUUAUAGGAUACGAGUUCACGGUACUCUUAGGCAAUAAAUUAAGUUAAUCUAUUAUAUAUUUUUAAUUUAUACUUAAAUAUUAUAUAUA